AUGAAACUCUUGACAUCUGAAGUUGAUGCUGAAGCGGAGAAAUGGGAUGAAUAUGCCGAAAAUGAUAUUGUGAAGCGAGCUAAAGCUAUGUCAUCAAUGGCCUAUAAUAUGUAUCUUUUUACGAGAGGUGAUGGUCCUCUAAAAACCACCCAUGAUCUCUUUACACAAGCUGAAUUCUUUGCCGAACAAGCCAACAAAAUGUAUAAAACUGUUCGCGAUUUCUCCUAUGAGGUACCGGGAAGUGCUGAGAAAAAUGAUUUGUCGAUGGUCUUAGAGAAAAUCCCUGUGCAUUGUCAGCAACUUCAAGUACUGGUCAAAAGUCCAACUGUAGGAAAAUCUGCCACUUUUUCAAAAGUUGAUUCUGUUAUUCAAGAAACGAAGAGUUUGAUGAAUGAAGUGGCUAAGCUUGUAACAGCUUGCUUCGUAUGUGCGACUAAGUACGAAAUCGAAUUCCGUGGUACGUCCGUACCGAGGCAACCGUUUACAGACUGCAGUGAAUACACUCAACGAAGCAGUCGGGAGUCUACCCUCUGGCGACGAACUCCAUCGAUGCGACGCACAACCACAGUUGCUCAACACAGUGAAGCCUAG